AUGGUUGGAAAGGGAGGAAAAAAUUGCUCAAUGAACAUGGAAGGAGAACCAAAUAUCUCAAAGAGUUCAAAUCUGCCAGGUUGCCUGGAGACCGCUCCUCAGGUUAAAAGAGAUGUUGCCUCAACAGAAAAGUUAGUAAAUAAUAAUAUGGAAGAGGAAGCAAAUCAAUCUUCUGAAAAUGUUCAAAAGCAGUUGGUGCUUUAUGACCCUGCUGCCACUGGUGCUGGUGAAAUGCUACCUGCUUUGGGCCACAUUGAUUCUCCAAAUCGGACACCCGGGGUUUUGCGAUCUAUAGGGGCCUUCGCUGUUCAAUGCGCCGACUGUUUCAAAUGGAGGCUCGUUCCCAAAAAGGAGAUAUAUGAGGAAAUAAGGGAACACAUUAUAGAACGGCCUUUCUUGUGUGAAACAGCUCGUGGGUGGCAACCUGAGAUAUCAUGUAAUGAUCAGCCUGAUAUUGCACAAGAUGGAAGUAGGCUUUGGGCAAUUGACAAACCCAACAUUGCUCGGCCCCCUCCUGGAUGGCAACGGAUUUUAAGAAUCAGAGGUGAAAAAUGCUCAAAGUUUGCAGAUGUGUAUUAUAUUGCACCAUCAGGCAAGAGACUUCGAUCUAUUGUGGAAGUUCAAAGGUACCUGAAUGAUCAUCCAGAAUACAAAGAAGUUAGCUUGUCACAGUUUUCAUUUCAAAUUCCAAGACCUUUGCAACAAAACUAUGCGAGCAAGCAUCCUCGUGCUGCACCUUCUUAUGAUACCAAUGAUGAUGGGAUGCCAGAAUGUCUUGACCCAUCAAAAGUCAAUCCCCUUGCAUGUGUUGCUCCUGAUGUGGACACAGACUUGCAGCUUAGUGGUCCGGGGCUUUCUGCUCAUUAUUUUGAGACUCCUGGUUUGAAGCCUGAAAAUCAAUCUGCAAAGAAAAAGCGGACACCUUGUAAGAGGAAGCGCAAUGGUGAAUUAACCUAA